GGGAGCCGCGCCCGCCCAUUCUGCAGAUGGGGACGUCGAGUCCCGGGUCGCCGGACACCUCCUCGGGGGCGGAGGGGCCGGAGGGGGAUGGGGCCCUCGAAGGCGCGGCGGGGCGCGGGUGCGAGCCGCAGCCGGUGCCGUUCGUCCCGCAGGUGCUGGGGAUGAUGAUCGGGGCCGGAGUCGCGGUGAUGGUCACGGCCGUGCUCAUCCUCCUGCUGGUGCGGAGGCUCCGCGUGCCCAAAACCCCAGCCCCGGAGGGCCCGCGGUACCGGUUCCGGAAAAGGGACAAAGUGCUUUUCUAUGGGCGGAAGAUCAUGCGGAAGGUGUCACAGUCAACUUCCUCCCUGGUGGAUGCUUCCGUCUCCACUGCUUCCCGGCCACGCAUGAAGAAGAAGCUUAAAAUGCUCAACAUUGCCAAGAAGAUCCUGCGCAUCCAGAAGGAGACACCCACACUGCAGCGGAAGGAGCCCCCGCCCUCAGUGCUGGAGGCCGACCUGACCAAGGGGGACCUGGCCAACUCCCACCUGCCCUCCGAGGUGCUGUACAUGCUCAAGAACGUCCGGGUGCUGGGUCACUUUGAGAAGCCUCUGUUCCUGGAGCUGUGUCGUCACAUGGUCUUCCAGCGGCUGAGCCAGGGCGACUACGUCUUCCGGCCAGGCCAGCCGGAUGCCAGCAUCUACGUGGUGCAAGACGGCCUGCUGGAACUCUGUCUACCAGGACCGGAUGGGAAGGAAUGUGUGGUGAAGGAGGUGGUCCCCGGGGACAGCGUCAACAGCCUCCUGAGUAUCCUGGACGUCAUCACUGGGCACCAGCACCCCCAGCGCACCGUGUCCGCCCGGGCCGCCCGCGACUCCACGGUGCUGCGGCUGCCGGUGGAGGCCUUCUCCACCGUCUUCACCAAGUACCCGGAGAGCUUGGUGCGCGUGGUGCAGAUCAUCAUGGUCAGGCUGCAGCGGGUCACCUUCCUUGCGCUUCACAACUACCUGGGACUCACCAAUGAACUCUUCAGCCAUGAGAUCCAGCCCCUGCGCCUCUUCCCCAGCCCCGGCCUGCCUGCCCGCACCAGCCCUGUGAGGGGCUCCAAGCGCGUGGUCAGCACCUCGGCCACGGAGGAGCCCCGGGAGAACCCAGGCCGGCCUCCAGACCCCACCGGGGCCCCCCUGCCGGGACCUGCAGGAGACCCUGUGAAGACACCCACCUCCCUGGACACCCCCGCUGCCCCCCUGCUGAGUCGCUGUAUCUCCAUGCCUGUGGACAUCUCAGGCUUGCAGGGCAGUGGACCCCGCUCCGACUUUGACAUGGCCUGUGAGCGUGGCCGCAUCUCCGUGUCGCUGCAGGAAGAGGUUUCCGGGGCACCCCCGGCAGCGCCCGCUCGGACCCCCACCCAGGAGACCCGCGAGCAGCCGGCGGGCGCCUGUGAGUACAGCUACAGCGAGGACGAGUCGGCCAGUGGCGGCUGCCCCUUCGGGCCCUAUCAGGGCCGCCAGACCAGCAGCAUCUUCGAGGCGGCCAAGCGGGAACUGGCCAAGCUGAUGCGGAUCGAGGACCUCUCCCUCCUGAACAGCCGUGUCCUGCUGCAUCACGCCAAGGCUGGGACCAUCAUUGCCCGCCAAGGGGACCAGGAUGCGAGCCUGCACUUCGUGCUCUGGGGCUGCCUACACGUGUACCAGCGGAUGAUCGACAAGGCGGAGGACGUGUGCCUGUUCGUGGCCCAGCCCGGAGAGCUGGUGGGGCAGCUGGCAGUGCUCACGGGCGAGCCCCUCAUCUUCACGCUGCGUGCCCAGCGCGACUGCACCUUCCUGCGCAUCUCCAAGUCCGACUUCUAUGAGAUCAUGCGUGCCCAGCCCAGCGUGGUGCUGAGCGCCGCGCACACUGUGGCUGCCAGGAUGUCGUCCUUUGUCCGCCAGAUGGACUUUGCCAUUGACUGGACCGCAGUGGAGGCCGGCCGCGCCCUGUACAGGCAGGGCGACCGCUCCGACUGCACCUACAUCGUGCUCAACGGGCGUUUGCGCAGCGUGAUCCAACGGGGCAGUGGCAAGAAGGAGCUGGUGGGCGAGUACGGCCGAGGGGACCUCGUGGGCGUGGUGGAGGCCCUGACGCGGCAGGCGCGCGCCACCACGGUGCAUGCAGUACGGGACACGGAGCUGGCCAAGCUCCCCGAGGGCACCCUGAGCCACAUCAAGCGGCGCUACCCCCAGGUUGUGACCCGCCUCAUCCACCUUCUGAGCCAGAAAAUCCUGGGGGACUUGCAGCAACUACAAGGACCUUUUCCAGGUUCUGGGCUUGGUGUCCCCGCUCACUCGGAGCUCACCAACCCGGCCAGCAACCUGUCCACAGUCGCGGUCCUGCCCGUAUGUGCCGAGGUGCCCAUGGUGGCCUUCACACUGGAAUUGCAACAUGCCUUGCGAGCCAUUGGUCCCACACUACUUCUCAAUAGUGACAUUAUCCGGGCCCGCCUCGGGGCCUCUGCACUGGAUAGUAUCCAAGAAUUCCGCCUGUCCGGGUGGCUGGCCCAGCAGGAAGACGCGCACCGCAUCGUCCUCUACCAAACGGACGCGUCGCUGACGCCCUGGACCGUGCGCUGCCUGCGACAGGCCGACUGCAUCCUCAUCGUGGGGCUGGGCGACCAGGAGCCCACACUCGGCCAGCUGGAGCAGAUGCUGGAAAACACGGCCGUGCGCGCGCUCAAGCAGCUGGUGCUGCUGCACCGGGAGGAGGGCGCAGGGCCCACGCGCACCGUGGAGUGGCUCAACAUGCGCAGCUGGUGCUCGGGGCACCUGCACCUGCGCUGUCCCCGCCGCCUCUUCUCCCGCCGCAGCCCCGCCAAGCUGCACGAGCUCUACGAGAAGGUCUUCUCCAGGCGCGCCGAUCGGCACAGCGACUUCUCUCGCCUGGCGCGGGUUCUCACGGGCAACACCAUCGCCCUGGUGCUGGGCGGAGGCGGGGCCAGGGGCUGCUCCCACAUAGGGGUGCUGAAGGCUUUAGAGGAGGCGGGGGUCCCUGUCGACCUGGUGGGCGGCACAUCCAUCGGCUCCUUCAUUGGUGCCCUGUACGCGGAGGAACGAAGCGCCAGCCGUACCAAGCAGAGGGCCCGGGAGUGGGCCAAGAGGAUGACUUCGGUGCUGGAGCCCGUCCUGGACCUCACGUACCCGGUCACGUCCAUGUUCACCGGCUCCGCCUUCAACCGCAGCAUCCACCGCGUCUUCCAGGACAAACAGAUCGAGGACCUGUGGUUACCCUACUUCAACGUCACCACGGACAUCACUGCCUCGGCCAUGCGUGUCCACAAAGAUGGCUCGCUGUGGCGGUACGUGCGCGCCAGCAUGACGCUCUCGGGCUACCUGCCCCCGUUGUGCGACCCCAAGGACGGGCACCUCCUCAUGGACGGCGGCUACAUCAACAACCUGCCAGCGGAUAUCGCCCGCAGCAUGGGCGCCAAGACGGUCAUCGCCAUCGACGUGGGGAGCCAGGACGAGACGGACCUCAGCACCUACGGGGACAGCCUGUCGGGCUGGUGGCUGCUGUGGAAGCGGCUGAACCCCUGGGCCGACAAGAUCAAGGUGCCCGACAUGGCGGAGAUCCAGUCCCGCCUGGCCUACGUGUCCUGCGUCCGGCAGCUAGAGGUGGUCAAGUCCAGCUCCUACUGCGAGUACCUGCGGCCGCCCAUCGACUGCUUCAAGACCAUGGACUUCGGGAAGUUCGACCAGAUCUAUGAUGUGGGCUACCAGUACGGGAAGGCGGUGUUCGGGGGCUGGAGCCGGGGCGACAUCAUUGAGAAGAUGCUCAGAGACCGGCGCUCCGCGGACCUGCAGGAGAGCCGGCGCACCGACCUCCUGGCCUUCCCCAGCUCCGGCUUCACCGACCUGGCUGAGAUCGUGUCCCGCAUUGAGCCUCCCACGAGCUACGUGUCCGACGGCUGCGCCGACGGGGAGGAGUCGGACUGCUUGACGGAGUACGAGGAGGAUGCGGGCCCCGACUGUUCGCGGGACGAGGGCGGGUCCCCCGAGGGCGCGAGCCCCAGCACCGCCUCGGAGAAGGAAGAGGAGAAGUCUGUUCUGCGCCAACGGCGCUGUGCGCCCUCCGACGUGCCCAGUUCGACGGCUGAAGCCUAAGGACCUAACACUGGCCCCCGACUCCCACCCUGCCCGCGCACGCCCCUGGGGCAGGGCUGGGGGAAGGCCUCUCUGGGGUGGCGCGCGCCCCCCGCUGCCUGCUGCUCUACCUGCGACCCUCGUGGGGUCCCCUUACUAAAAGGACAUUGCACUGAGACCUUGGGUCCUCCCAAUAAAGUUGCC